AAUUUAUUACAGUGAAAUUAAUUGUUAGGAUCGAUUACAUGUAUUAAGAAAUUAUUACUAGAAUCUGAUAUUUUACGUAACUUAUUUGAUUUUCAAUGAUAUGUUUGAUAUGUCAUGCGAAUACGCCUUGAUAAAUUAGACUCGUUUCUCAUAUAUGGGUGAACGUAGAUGUGAGAAUCAUUAUUUAACAAUGUUGUAUUAUUACAAAUUUGAUUAAAGGAUUAUUAAAAAAUAAAAAUAAAAACAGAACGUCUCGUGUGUUUAAAUAUAAAUUUAAUUAAUAUAUAAAGAUAUAUUGAAGAAGAGACAUGGCAAGAGUACCGGAUCAAGAAUUAAAAAAGGCAUUUUCGGAAUUGCAUGAGAAAAUGAUAGACACCACACAAAAAUUAAAACUUGCUGAUGCUCAAAUAGACAAAUUAAAACGAACUAAACAACGUGCACAACUUACUGUUAAAGAGAUAACCUCUUUGCCACCGGACACAAGAACUUACGAAUCCAUUGGUCGAAUGUUUUUAUUUGACGAUAUUGAAAAUAUUAAAAUUGGUUUGGAAAAUAGAAUGAAAGUUGUCGACGAGAAGGUUCAAAGUUUAGAAAAUAAUAAAACUUAUUUGCAAAAGAGCUUAAAAGAGAGUGAAAAUAAUCUGAGAGAAAUGGUGCAGCAAAGACAAAGCAAAGAUACUUCAGGUUAAACAUUCAUUUCUAAAAACUCAUUCAUUAUAUUUCAACGAAUAUGAUACCAUUUCAUGAAAAAUAUUGAUUUUUUUCGAUACUUAUUAUUUUAUUAAAUAUUUUAAAUUACCAUCACGAUUACGUUUCACUCAUCAUUGUCUGUACUGAAUUGUAAUAUUUUUUAAAUGCUAUUAAAAAAUUAGUAAUGUCU